CAGCGACUUCACUUCGCCUAUCACAUAAUUCACGACCAUGAAGAUUUCACCUACCCACCUGAGAAGGUGCGUCUGGCAAGCCAUCGUGGAACACGCAAUGCCACAUGCCUCUUCAGACUGGGCGAAGCUCCAUCCCCAUCAGGGUUCUAGUGUACAGUCCAGCCCCGGACUGUGAACGGGUGGAUACAUAAGUUGCGCGGUGAUCCCUCGGAUUUUGUAUUUAAGGGCAGAGCAUCCGACUUGGCCGGUUUAAUGUAUCUCCUCUAACGUUAUCUCAUAUUAUACUAUCUUGGGCGUCGUACGGAUAUCCUGCCAUUGUUCUCUGCCGUUCCGCCGGCCUCCCCAGCAACCAUGUCCUCCCCCAAAACCUUCAGCGUCGGGAUCAUAAGCGGUAGCCAACGCGCCAUGCGCGUGGCUCCUCAAGUCGCCGCCUUCGUCCUGGAGGCCAUCGAAGCCCACCGCGAGUCUCUUCCCCCAUCCGCAACGACGGCCUCCGCCCGCGCCAUCACCUUCGACCACAUCGAUGUCGGGACCCUCAACCUCCCCUUGUUCGACGAACCGGGCCUGCCGGCCGAGAUCCACUCCCCCGCCGAGUACGCGCACGCGCACACCCGCGAGUGGGCCGCGCGCGUCGCCGCGCUCGACGCUUUCAUCUUCGUCAGCCCCCAGUACAACUGGGGCAUCCCGGCGGGGCUCAAGAACGCGAUCGACUAUCUCUACCACGAGUGGCGCGGCAAGCCGGCCGUCAUCGUCACGUACGGCGGCCACGGCGGCGGCAAGUGCGCCGAGCAGCUGCGCACCGUGCUCGGCGGCGGCUUACGCAUGCGUGUCGUGGAGCCGGCCGUGUGUCUGUCGUUUCCGUCGAGGGAGGUGGUGGGGCGCGCGACGCGGGGAGAGGACUUGGAGCUUUGGUCGCGGCGGAGACAAGGGCAGGCUGACGGCGGAGCCAACGGCCUAGGGUUGUGGUCGGACCGAAGGGGGGAUAUUGUGGAGGCGUGGGAGGCGCUGGUGAAGUUGCUAGAGACGAAGGAGUGAGAUGUGAGCAAGUGCAGAAGUGCUGGCCAUGGCUCACCGAAAACAAGUCCGGAUAGUCUGGCCAGCUUGGACCACGCUUGAAUACCGCAUUGUGCGCGGACGCAGGUGGGUAGAUAGAUAUGGUAAUGUCUCUUUAAACAGUUACGAUUAGCCACCUGCUCUUCGCCAUCACUACCUAGUUGACUAACAGUGAGGCGAAAAUGGAAUCUACUUGGGAAAGAGCUGACAACAACGAAAUAACUGUGCCUCAGGGGUACAAGUAAAGGACUCGAGCCGCCUCGGAGACCCUGUAUCUUCGACCGCCCUGGUUGCCUG